CGUGAUCCGCGCCUUCGCAAUAACGAGCUCAAAGCACUGUAUACGAUAUGGUAUAGAUGCCUAGCCUACGUAUUUUUUCUAACUCUUUCGCUCCGUACAAAUCAACUUGCAUCCAGUAACCAGUUUCAUCCGAUACGUGCAACGUUAUAAUAUUAAAUUGUGUCGUUCUUAACGCUUAGUUAGUUCUUUUUUUCCGCUUUUAAUUAUUUAUAUUAUUAUUUUAUUUAAAAGAACGUGAUUGUUUCGCGAUACUGGUGAAAAAAUGACGAGAACGGUGACGACCAAAGUGACAGGCAAAUCGAGCGCUUCCUCGAAGAGCAAAUUUUCACCCAAGGAGAAAGUGAAACUGGUAGGAUCAAAAAUCAUAAAAUCGUCGAGCAAGAAAAAAGUGCCAGAUAAAUUGGAAUCAAAAAGCAACGAAAAUGUCGCCGACGCAACCUACGUAAUCACUCGAGAAACAACCGAAACCAGCGGCAAAGUUAAACAAUCGUCGCAGUCUCAAAAAGAUGUUAAAAUCACUUCGACCUCGUCCACUUCCAAUGUAGCUUCUGAUUCACAAAUCCAGUCCUCUGAUUCACGUUUUUCCAGCGAAGUUCGUGGAAACUCGAGUACGCAGCAAGAAGGUAAUUCCCCGAACGAGACUAGACGCGAAAUACGUAACUUUUUAAACGAAAUCGACGGCGAUUUUCACGCUACUUAUAAUCAAAACUAUGGCCAAAACGUCGCCUCUGGUUCGACUCGCGAUCAAAGUGAAAAUUUCAUAAAUACCGAACGUGUUACGACGAGUAAUUCGUACGAAAAUGGUAAUUACGUUAACGGAAAUCGUAACAAUGUGGAAUUCCAGAGCUCCCAGGUCACUCAGACUUCUACACCUAAUUCUAAAACCACCACAAAGACUCGUACGCAAACAACCACGAGCCAAUCAGGUGGUAAGAAAUUCACCAACAAAGAUGGCGACUAUAAGGCUAAAUUAGUCGGAGGAAAAAUAGUAAAAACUUCGAAUAAAAAAGACACCAAGUCCAAAAGCAAGAACUCGGCCGAAACAUCGAGUAAAAAUACAAUCAAUCGUUCCUACGAAUCAAACGACGAGCAGAAUUAUUAUCAAACUAAUGUCACUUCCAGCUCCAGCAGCCAAUUUUACGAUAAUCAAAUGUCAGAUAACUUGCAGUCGUCAUCGUAUGCCAAUAAUUCUCACAUCGAUUACAUCGACAAUGUGAGGAAUACCGCAAAUAUGGGUAAUUCGCAAAUGUAUCACGAUAGUGGUUUCGAUUCCACCCUCGAAGAGGCUAUUUAUUCGUCAAAAAUUCAACAAGAAACUACCGACAGGAUGAACAUCCAGCGAGAUUCUUAUACCACCAAUCAAACGGAUUAUUCGAAUUAUAACAUCGUUGAUAAUUCAAUUUCCAAUCAAUUCGUAGAUUCGACAAAUAUUUUACACGAUUCGGCCUACGAUAGCAGGAAUUAUUCCAAUAAUGUCAGACAGACGUCUUUUGACAAUGCAGAACUGUCUAGAAGUUACAUCAUUGAUGAUUCCAUUGUGAAUAGGAAUACUUUCGAUACAUCAGAUAUCUCCAGAAGCUACAUUGUUGACAAUAGGGACACAAUCAAUACUGCUGAUAUCACCAGAAGCUACAUUGUCGACAAUAGAGACACAAUCAAUACUGCUGAUAUCACCAGAAGCUACAUUGUCGACAAUAGAGACACGAUCAAUACCACUGAUAUCUCCAGCAGCUACAUUGUCGACAAUAGAGACACAAUCAAUACCACUGAUAUCUCCAGCAGCUACAUUAUUGAUAACAGAAACACAAUCGAUACCUCCGAUAUCUCCAGGAGCUACAUUAUUGACAAUAGAAACACCAUCGACACAGCUGACAUCUCCAGGAGCUACAUCAUCGAUGACUCCGCAGUCAUCAACAGAAACACUUUCGAUAACACCGAUAUCUCCAGAAGUUACAUCAUCGAUGACUCCAUCACAAAUAGGAAUGUAUUCUACGACCAAGUUGUCCAAGAUGUUGAUCAACGAGUAGUCCAAGAAGUCUCCAAUAUAUCUUCAACCUACGACAAUGUCGACUACAGGAAUUUCUCAUCGAUCGAUGUAGUAGAUCGAUCUUCUGUCAAUACAUUCAUCGAUGAACGUCUCAUUCAAGAUGCAUCCAUCAUUCAACAAUCCUCCAACAUCAACUCUUUCAUCGACGAACGAAUUGUCCAAGAAUCAGCUGUUGUCGACACGUUUGUCAAUGAAAAAAUCAUUCAAGAGACUUCCAAUAUCAACACCGCCUUUGUAGAUGAAAGAAUCAUUACCAAUAGAAAUGCCAUUGUUGAUGAAACUCUAUACACAGACGUCCGCCAAUCCACUUAUGAUAAUGUUGAUCUUACCAGUAAUUUCACUAAUGUCAACGAAUCCUCCAUAUCUACCAGAACAGAUGUGUUUGUCGAUGAGAGGGUUAUUCAAGAAAAAGCAACCAUCGAACGAACUGACGAAAGGUUAUCUCAGAGGAAUGUUGCCAAGACUCGUAAAGAUACCAGAACCACCAGCCAUAAGGAGCAAUGCAUUUGUGAAAUUUGCACUUGCGGACGUCACAGAUGCCCUCAUACUCCCGUCAAUGAUGGUCCAAUAAUUACGUAUGCGGAUGAAACCACCACCAAGACUGAUUAUGAAGUUCAAUUCCAGCACAAAUAUGCCGAAAGGCAAGAAGCAAUUCACAUGGAAGAUAACUUACAUUUAGAAGGUGAAUAUCACCUUGAACGUCGAGAUGACUUCACUGCUCUCUAUGGUGAGCGAGAAAUUGUUAAAAGGCCCACAGAUAACUUGAAACUCGAGGGUAAUUUUGAAAGACCAACCAGACCUGCCAUAUUACCAGCAGAACGUCCAAAACCCAUCAAACCAUCUGACAAUUUGAAACCAGAGGGGGAUUUUGAAAGGCCAGAACGUCAAAAAGUCAUUCCUGCUGAGAGGCCCUCUCCAAUAAAACCUGCUGACAAUUUGAAACCCGAAGGUGAAUUCGAACAACCAACUCCAACCAGAGUGCAACCAAGCGAACGACCGAAACCGAUUAAACCCUCUGAUAAUUUAAAACCAGAGGGUGAAUUUGAAAGACCACAUCCAACCAAAGUUUUACCUGGUGAAAGACCAACUCCAGUCAAACCAUCUGAUAAUUUACGCCCUGAAGGUGAUUUUGAACGCCCAAAACCAUCUGAAUUCCAACCAGCUGAAAGACCUAAACAGAAAAAACCAGAUGAUAAUUUACGUCCUGAAGGAGAGUUUGAGCGUCCAUUACCAGCAAAGUUUGUACCAGCAGAGAGACCAAAGCAGAAAAAACCAGAUGAUAAUUUACGUCCUGAAGGAGAUUUUGAGCGGCCAAAACCAACUGAAUUUAUCCCUGCUGAAAGACCCAAACCAAAAAAACCAGGAGAUAACUUACGCCCAGAAGGAGAAUUUGAGAGACCCAAACCAACUGAGUUUGUUCCAGCUGAAAGGCCCAAACCUAAAAAGCCUGGUGAUAAUUUACAUCCUGAAGGAGAUUUUGAACGACCUAAACCAAAGGAGUUUGUUCCUGCCGAAAGGCCCAAACCUAAAAAGCCAGAGGAUAAUUUACGCCCUGAAGGAGAUUUUGAACGUCCAAAGCCAGCUGAAGCUCCCACUGGUGAGAGGCCCAAACCAGUAAAACCCUCUGACAACCUGAAGCCAGAAGGAGAAUUUGAACGUCCUGUGAAAACUACACCUGGUGUACCUGAUCGUGCUGUUGUUGUUAAACCUGUAGACAACUUGAAACCUGAAGGUGAAUUCUUUGGUCAGCGGGUCAUAACUGAAGAGUUUCGACAUACAGUUGGAGAAAGAGCAGAGGUUCAUAGACAUGUGGAUAACUUGGUCACAGGUGGAACAUUUAUUGCUGAAACUACCCAACAAACUGAAUUCACAGGAAUGCAAGUAGAAAGACCUAAACUGAUUCGAAGAAACACAUUCACAAAACUUGAAGGAGAUAUAACAACUGAAACCACAAGUUCUCUUCAUUUUAGACAGCACCAAAAUGUUGAGAGAACAACAAAAGUUACAAGAAAAGAAGACAAUAUUGUAUUAGGAGAUGAAACCUUUCAGGUUACCACUCAGAAUCGUGAUGACUAUCCUGAGAGGUGGAUUGUAAAACCAGAAAAACCAAGAAAACAUGUUGAUAAUUUGCAAGUGACAGGUGAAUUUUACUCAUCUACUAGCACAAAAGAAGAUUUCCAAGCCUAUCAAGAUGUCACAACAAGAGAAACAAUCAGAAGAAGACAAGAUAAUUUGAUCACAGAAGGUACCAUGAUUCUAGAAACAUCUGCUAUGACUGAUUUUACAGAAAAAAUACCAGAACGUGUUAAACCUCAAAGAAGAAGAACAUGGACAAAGCAAGAUGGUGAACAAUACUUUGAAACUACAACAUCUGAAGAAUUUAAAGCUCAAGUGACAGAACGAGUCUCCAAAGUUGUCCGCCAAGAUAACCUUAGAAUAGACACCAGUAAAUUUGAUAGUACAACCACUGCUCAAGAAUUUUAUCAGGUGCAUGAGGCUGAAGAAAGAGUUAGACCAAAAAAACCAAAAGAUAACUUGAAACCUGAAGGGGAAUUUGAGAGGCCAAUUAUUGAAGAAAUUGAGAUGGUCAAGAGACCUGAACCUAUUAAACCAAAAGAUAAUCUCAAACCAGAGGGAGAAUUUGAAAGACCCAAACCUAAAAAAGUAUUGAAAGCAGAACGCCCUAAACCUGUAAAACCAGAAGAUAAUCUUAAACCUGAAGGUGAUUUUGUGAAACCAAGGAAAGAAAAAUUUGUUCCUGCUGAACGUGUGAAACCUGUUAAGCCUGAUGACAACUUAAAACCUGAAGGUGAAUUUGAAAGACCAACUGCCACAGAAUUUGUCCCGGUAGAAAGGCCAAAACCUGUUAAACCAUGUGAUAAUUUAAAACCUGAGGGAGAAUUUGAAAAACCAGAAAGAUCUCAAUUUAUACCAGCAGAAAGGCAAAAACCAAUCAAGCCAGAUGACAAUCUUAAGCCAGAGGGUGACUUUGAGAGACCCAAGCAAACAGAAUUUAAACCAGCAGAAAGACCCAAACCAGUCAGACCCUGUGACAAUUUAAAACCAGAAGGAGAAUUUGAAAAACCACAUAAAUCAGAAUUUGUUCCAGGUGAAAGACCUAAGCCAGUUAAGCCAGGUGAUAACUUGAGACCAGAAGGUGACUUUGAUAGACCAAAACCAGCAGAAUUUGUACCAGCAGAAAGACCAAAACCAGUUAAGCCAGGAGAUAAUCUCAAACCAGAGGGUGAUUUUGAAAGGCCAAAACCAGCCAAAUUUGUUCCGGCUGAAAGGCCAAAACCUGUUAAGCCUGAUGAUAAUCUCAAACCAGAAGGUGAUUUUGAGAGACCAAAACAAUCAGAGUUUGUUCCUGCAGAAAGACCUAAACCAAUAAAACCUGGAGACAACCUAAAACCAGAGGGUGAUUUUGAAAGACCUAAACAAGCAGAGUUCAAGCCAGCAGAAAGACUCAAACCAGUGAAGCCAGAAGAUAAUCUCAGACCUGAAGGUGAUUUUGAAAGACGUAAACCAGCUGAAUUUGUACCAGCAGAAAGACCCAAGCCAGUAAAACCUGGUGAUAAUCUCAAACCUGAAGGUGAUUUUGAAAGACCCAAACCAAAAGAAUUUGUUCCUGUGGAAAGGCCAAAACCAGUGAAACCUGAUGACAAUCUCAGACCAGAGGGUGAUUUUGAAACGCGUAAGGUUUCUGAAUUCAUACCUGCUGAGCGCCCUAAACCUGUAAAACCAAAAGAUAAUUUAAAACCAGAAGGUGAUUUUGAAAAGCCAGAGGAAAAACCAUUCAAGCCUGCUGAAAGACCAACUCCAGUCAAACCUGUUGAUAAUUUGAGAACAGAGGGAGAAUUUGUGCAGCGAGAAGUUACUGAAUUUAUAUCAACUGAAAGACCACUCCCUGUUAAACCAACUGAUAACUUAUAUGUAGAGGGAGAAUUCACUAGGAGAGUAGAACAGUGUUAUGUGUCAGUUGAGAGACCCAAACCAAUCAAACCCUCUGAUAAUUUGAAACCAGAAGGAGAAUUCCAACAACCAGAAGAAAUUGAAUUUAUUCCUGCCGAGAGACCCAAACCCAUAAAACCUACUGAUAAUUUGAGACCAGAAGGUGAUUUCGUGAGACGAGAGGAUGUAGAAUUCAUUUCUGUUGAAAGGCCAAAACCAAUCAAACCAACUGACAAUUUAAAACCAGAGGGAGAAUUUCAAAUGCCUGAAGAAGUUGAAUUUAUUCCAGUUCAAAGACCUAAGCCCAUCAAACCCACUGAUAAUUUAAAACCAGAGGGUGAAUUUGAAAGACCAAAGGAUGUGGAGUUUAUUCCUGCUGAAAGACCCAAACCAGUAAAACCCACUGAUAAUCUCAAACCAGAAGGAGAAUUCCAUAAGCCAGAGGUUUGUGAAUUUAUUCCUGCAGAAAGACCAAAACAAGUGAAACCUGGUGACAAUUUGAAACCAGAAGGUGAAUUUGAACGACCAAAACCCAAAGAAUUUGUUCCAGCUGAACGCCCCAAGCCAGUUAAACCAUGUGAUAACCUGAAACCAGAAGGAAAAUUCCAUAAGCCUGAGGUUUGUGAAUUCGUACCAGCAGAAAGGCCAAAACAAGUGAAACCAGAUGACAAUUUGAAACCAGAAGGUGAAUUUGAACGGCCAAAACCUAAAGAGUUUGUGCCUGCAGAACGCCCUAAACCAGUUAGACCAAGUGACAACCUAAAACCUGAAGGAGAAUUCCAUAAGCCUGAAGUUUGUGAGUUUAUACCAGCUGAAAGACCAAAACAAGUUAAACCAGGUGAUAAUUUGAAACCAGAAGGGGAAUUUGAGAGACCAAAACCAAAAGAAUUUGUUCCAGCUGAACGUCCAAAACCGGUGAAACCUAGUGAUAACCUAAGACCUGAAGGAGAAUUCCAUAAGCCUGAGGUUUGUGAGUUUAUACCAGCUGAAAGACCAAAACAAGUUAAACCAGGUGAUAAUUUGAAACCAGAAGGUGAAUUUGAGAGGCCAAAACCAAAAGAAUUUGUUGCAGCUGAACGUCCAAAACCAAUGAAACCUAGUGAUAACCUAAAACCUGAAGGAGAAUUCCAUAAGCCUGAGGUAUGUGAAUUUGUCCCAGUAGAGAGACCAAAAGCAGUAAAACCAAGUGAUAAUUUGAAACCAGAGGGUAAAUUUGAAAGACCAAAACAAACCGAAUUCAAACCUGCUGAAAAAGUGACUAUUGUAAAACAUGAAGAUAAUUUGAAAACUGAAGGUGUAUUUGAAAGCAGAGUUGUGAAUGAAUUUGUACCAGCAGAAAGACCCAAACCAAUAAAACCAUGUGAUAACUUGAAACCAGAGGGAGAGUUUGAAAGACCAGUAGAAACAGAGUUUGUACCAGCUGAAAGAACUACCAUUAUACGCCACACUGAUAAUCUUAGGACUGAAGGUGUCUUUGAAGGUAAACGAAUUGUGAACAAAUAUGUUAGAGCUGAAGUUCCCUCACCAAUUAAACCAACUGAUAACUUGAAACCUGAAGGUAGAAUUGAAGUUCCUGAAAAACCAAAAUUCAUUCCAGCAGAGAAAACCACCAUAAUAAGACAUGAGGACAACUUGAGAACAGAAGAAGCUAUUUUUGAAAGCAGAGUUGUAAAAGAGUUUAUUCAAGCUGAAAAAAGGCAACUUGUAAAACCAGUGGAUAACUUGAAACCUGAAGGUGAAUUUGAGAAGCCAAAAGAAGUGAAAUAUGUACCAGCUGAGAGGCCAAAGCCAAUAAAACCUUCAGAUAAUCUAAAACCUGAAGGUGAAUUUGAGAAACCCAGAGAGGUCGAGUUUAUUCCAAGUGAGCGCCCCAAACCAAUCAAACCAACAGAUAACCUAAAACCAGAGGGAGAAUUUGAAAAACCCAAAGAAGUUGAAUUUGUGCCAGCUGAACGUCCCAAACCAAUUAAACCAGUAGAUAAUCUCAAACCAGAAGGGGAAUUUGAGAAACCUAAGCAAAGUAGAUUUGUUCCAGCAGAAAGGCCCAAACAAAUCAAACCUGGUGAUAACCUUCGACCUGAAGGAGAUUUUGAGAGACCCAAAACUAAAGAAUUUGUACCAGCAGAAAGGCCAAAACCAGUGAAACCUUGUGAUAACCUCAAACCAGAAGGUGAAUUUGAGAAACCCCAUCCUACUAGAUUUGUACCUGCUGAGAAGUCUAAACCCAUCAAACCAUGUGAUAAUCUCAAACCUGAGGGUGAAUUUGAAAGGCCUAAACCAGCUCAAUUUGUACCAGCAGAAAGACCUAAACAAAAGAGACCUGAUGAUAAUCUCCAUCCAGAGGGAGAAUUUGAUAGACCUAAACCAGGUCAAUUUGUACCUGCUGAAAGGCCUAAACAAAAGAAACCUGAUGAUAAUCUUCGGCCAGAGGGUGAAUUUGAUAGGCCCAAACCAGCUCAAUUCGUACCAGCAGAACGUCCAAAACAAAAGAAGCCAUGUGAUAAUCUUAAACCAGAGGGAGAAUUUGAACGACCCAAGCCUUCACAGUUCAAACCAGCUGAGAGGCCAAAACAAAAGAAACCUUGUGAUAAUUUGCAUCCUGAAGGAGAAUUUGAACGUCCCAAACCAAAAGAUUUUAUCCCUGCUGAAAAACCCAAACAAAUUAGACCUGGUGAUAAUCUUAGACCAGAAGGUGAUUUUGAAAGGCCUAAGAAACCCCAAUUUGUAUCAACUGAAAGACCAAAACCUGUUAAACAUCAAGACAAUUUGAAACCAGAAGGUGACUUUGAGAGGCGUAAACCAGCUGGCUAUACCCCAGCUGAAAGGCCCAAACCAAUCAAACCUGAGGACAAUUUACAUCCAGAAGGAGAAUUUGAGAAACCGAAAGCACCUAAAUUUAUUCCUGCAGAACGUCCUAAGCAAGUCAAGCCUUCUGAUAACUUGAAGCCAGAAGGUGACUUUGAGAGACCUAAAUCAACCAAAUUUGUUCCUUCUGAAAGGCCUAAGCCAGUGAAACCCUCUGAUAAUUUGAAGCCUGAAGGUGAAUUUGAACAUCCAAAAUCUCCCAAAUUUGUACCCUCUGAAAGACCAAAACCAAUUAAACCCACAGAUAAUUUAAAACCAGAGGGUGUCUUCCAUAAACCUCAAGAAACCUCAUUUGUGCCUGCUGAGAGGCCUAAACCUAUUAAACACACUGACAAUCUUCGCAUGGAGGGUGAAUUUACUAAACGAGAAAGAACUGAUACAUUUACUGCAGUUGUUGAAGCAGAAAGACCAAAACCAAUCAAACAUACUGAUAAUUUGCGCAUGGAGGGUGAAUUCACAAAACGAGUUAGAACUGAAACUGUAAAAGCAGUUGUUGAAGAACGUCCAAAACUAAUCAAACAUGUGGACAACCUUAAAAUGGAGGGAGAAUUCACAAAACGUGUGAAGUCUGAAACAGUAUCUCACCAAGUUGUUGAAAAGUCUAAACCAAUAAGACCAGUAGAUAAUUUACACAUUGAAAGGGAACAGGUCACUCAGCAAGUUGUCCAGCAACAGCAAGUUGUUCAACAACAGAAAGUUGUCCAGAAGCAGCAAGUUGUUCAGCAACAGCAAGUUGUUCAGCAACAGAAAGUUGAAAGACGUACUGCAAUUAGACAAACUGAUAACUUGAGAAUGGAAGGCACAUUUGAGAGUAGGGUUAGACAUGUUGACCAAAGUCAUGUAGCAGAACGUGUCACGGCAGUUAAACCAAAAGAUAAUCUGAGACCAGAAGGUGAUUUUGUAAGGCGCCCUGUCCAAAAUGUACAAGUUCAAACUGAAAGGGUGCAAGUUGUUAAGCAUCAAGAUAAUUUGAAAAUGGAAGGUCACUUUGAGACUAGGAAGAAAAGUGAAGCCUUCUUCAUUGCUGCAGAAAGAGUAGUACCCAAAAAACCACAGAGUACAUUGAAACCUGAGGGUCCAAUGAUGAUAGAACCUAAGAAAGAUUUUACAUCAAUUCAAUCUAACAGAGUUACUGCUAUUAGACCCAGAGACAAUCUAAGAGUAGAAGGAGAAUUUGUAAAACGUGUUGUUGGUGUUAGUGAACAACACACCACUCAACAAACAGUCAAUACUUCUGAACGCAUUACUCAACAAACUGUAGGUGCCAUUGAACGUACCAGAGUAAUAAAGCAAGAAGAUAACCUGAGAAUUGGCAAAACAGAAUCCAACAAAGUUGACCUUUCUAAAUUAAAGCUCACUGAUGAAAAUAAAUUCAAUACAAUCACCUUGAGAGAUAACCGCAGUCAAGUGAGACAAAAUCUACAAAUGACACAUCAUCAAAAUGAACUCCAACGUAAUGAAAUUAUUCGCCAAGAACAAAUUAGAAGGCAAACAGAAGGUUAUACAAGAAUUGAGAAGAGUCAUGCUGAAUCUAAACAUACUGAAAUGUCAUCCUUAGACAGAAGAAUUCUUGACAACAGCACAAGGAAUGAAACAUUACAAAGCAGAAGGGUGCUGACUGAAUCUCAACAAACUGCUGGUCCUACAACUCCACAACUAAAUGGUCAUCACUCAGAGCACACUAGUGUUAGAAAAGAAAUUCGAAGCACAGGUUCUGAGCAAACCAAACUAAAUCUUGAUCAAAUCACACAAAGACUGCAGGAUGUAAAUCGUUAUAUAGAAAAAGGCAACAUACAGGACACAUCCAGUAGAAUAAUUUCAAACAGUUCUACUAGUCAAAACCUUGGCAAAAGCUCAAUUAUUGGAGAAACAUCUCGUACCUCUUCUGAAACAAAAUCUUCAAGUAGCAGUCGCAUUAUGAGUGGCCAAACUACACAAAACAUUUUAAAUAUUGGAAGCACAUCCUCUACUAGUCGAACAAUAACAGAUGAAAAAACCACCCAAGGAGAAGUUGGUGCUAAAAUCAAUAUAGCUCCAACCUACAGACCCACAAGUCAAGUAGAUGGCCAAUGUUUAAGUCGUUCCAAUAAUUUAGGUUCUCAAAGUGCUACCCAUGAAUUCAUUUCAAAAACUUACCUUUCUGAUCAACAUGCGCCAACUACCAGUCAAGUUAUUCGUACAACAGUCCAAGAUACAAAAAAUCUACAAUCUGGAUCUCAGUCAUCAGUCACAGAGAGAUUAUCAAAAGAAAGCUCAUCCAGUACUCACCACCGAAAAAAUCUUAUCAGUUCAACAUCUGAAGAUGUUAGUAAUUCAGUACUACAUAGAAAAGGGAUGGUUGUAAAUGUCCCUGAGCCUGGUAUCCAUGCUAUUUCCACUACAGCCGCUGUUCAACGUAAAAGUAUUCAAAAUAUCGAUGGUCAGUUCUGCUCACAACAACAAUCUGAUCGUAAAAGUCUGAGUUCCCUUCACAGGCAAGGUGUCUCUGAUAGUCAUGCUCAUAAUACACACACCUAUACUAGAAGGCAAAAUGAUAAUUUGGCUGUUGGUACCUCUGGUCAAUUUUCCAAUGAAUCUGAAUCCCGCAGUUAUGGUAGUUUUACUGAAUCUCAAAGAGUUAAAACAACAAAAAGCUACAACACCUCGCAAAUUAGUUUUGGAGCUGAUUAUUCCAAACAAAAUGUGCAUUCAUCUUAUCGCAAAGAAUUCACACCUCGUGUGACAGGACCCUGUCCUGCAGCAUCAAUAGUUACCAAUCAAGCACCAACUAGUUUCCAACAUACCAGAGAUACUAAAUCACACAAAUUCUAUAAGUCGAGUGAGAGUAAUUCACAAAGUACAUCAAAGUAAUUCAAAACUUGGCUUUUUAGACUUAAUACCCUCAGCUUAUGUAUCAUGUUCACCUUUUCCUCCCUUUGAGAAAUAUCAAAAAUUUUAAUUAUUAGCUAUGAAAUUUGAAAAAUUUGAAUGUGAUAAUUUUUUUCAAUACCACCUUUGAAUUUAUUAUUAUAGGGAAAUCCCAUUUUGAAUGUGAUAAUUUUUUUAAUACCGCCAUUGAAUUUUUCAUUAUAUUAUUUGUAGUCAUUUACUUUCACUAACAAAACUUUUACAUAAUAUUGCAACCUACGAGAGUUGUUUUUCUUUUAAUAUAAAAUGUGUGUAUUAUCCUAUAGUAUUUAUUUUUUUAUUUAUAAUGUUGAUCAUUUUUUUCUGUUAUUAACAGUAUGUUUUAAAUUGCUUUUUCUAAUAUAAAUGUUAAUCAUUGA